AUGGCAUCUUCUUCAAGAUCAUUUUCAAAACCGAAAAGGUUAUCCAUAAAUCAAAAACCUACAUUAGCAUUACUUACAUUCACAAUAGCGUCAACAAUUAUAAUAUACCUUGUAUUGUUUAUAGAUACCGCACAUUCAGCUCCAUUAAAUCUUGAGAAAGUUGAAGACGAUAAAAACACACUUGACAACUAUAUGAGGUUUGCUCACUAUGCGGAUAUCGCAUAUUGUGACGCAGAUGUUAUUAAGCAGUGGAAUUGUGGUGUUUCUUGUAAUGCCACGAGUGGCACCAAAAUAGUUAAAGUUUUUGAUACGAGCCUUAACACUCAAGCAUAUCUCGGUGUAAACGACCAACAAAAACAAAUAAUUAUAAGUUUCCGCGGUACGGAAACCAAAAGCAUAAAAAACGUGUGGACUGACGGUCAAUUCAUAUUCUGCAAUUAUCCAUCAGUUCCUCAAGCAAAAGUUCACGCUGGUUUCCUAAAAGCAUCCCAAGAAAUCGCUUCAGAACUUUUCUCCAGUCUACAAGACGUACGAGCUGCCAAUCCAGGAUACAGUAUUGGUGUAACUGGCCAUAGCUUAGGUGGUGCACUAGCAUUACUAACAGGCGUGAAUUUAAAGCGCCAAAUUCCCACGUUAGUCUCCGAUGAAGAUUUAUUCAUCGUGACAUUUGGGCAGCCGCGUGUAGGAAAUGACGUUUUGGCACAAUAUAUCGACGAUACGAUUUCGAUGCAUCGUAUUACGAAUACGGUAGAUCCUUUUCCGCAUUUGCCACCAAAGUCCUUCGGCUAUUUGCAUACGAAGGGUGAAAUUUGGAUUAGUAACGAUGGAACGGUGAUGAAUGGUGGUGCUUUGUCAUGUAUCGGCAAUGAGAACCCGAAUUGUUCAAAUUCGAUCCCGACGCUUAAACAAAAUGUCAAUGCACAUGAUGGUCCUUAUUUUGGUGUUGAGAUCCACGGUUGCUCUUUUGCAAUCAUUUCACUCGUUGUCUCUUAUUUGGCCGUAACUGCCCGUGCUGGGUUAAGUGGUAGUCAAACAAUUACGCCAGAAGACUAUCCAGUAUUUGGACCAAAGGCUGUAAACAAUCCACCAUUCUGUGGUAUGCCCUACGCAGAAUUAGACUUGAAUCGUAUCACCGCCGUAGAAGGAUUAGGUCAGGGCGGAUGCGGUACAUGUCUAAAAGUGACCAGCUUAGAUGAUUCUUCCAAAAGUGUUUUUGUCUUGGCUGUGGAUCAAGGUGGCCAAGGUCUAGACUUGAGUACCGGUGCAUUCAUGGUUCUAUUCGGGCAAGAUCAAUCGCCGGCUGGUGCAUCAUGGUCACCGGUAGACGGAUCAAACUGCAAUGGAAUUUGGUCGAAAGUUUUCGCGGCAUCUUUUGAGAAAAGACAAGAUGCUUGUGAUGGAUUCCGCAUCACUUCACCAACUCAAGAUGGACUUCAAUGGACCAAUGGACAAUGUUACCAAGUCUCAUUCGACAGUAAAGAUAAUCAAGUAGGUGAUCUUGAAGUAACAUCAGUCGAUCUACUCGACCCCAGCGGAAACUUUGUAGAAACACAAUGGACUGGUUCGGUGGAUCCCGUUUCUCAAGAUCAUACGCCAAUGUUCAAUUUGGAUACGCCAAUGGCGGGAAUUUAUUCCCUACGCGUAAACGUGCAAACUUUUGAUGGUGCUACGUGUACUCGUGAUUCUGUACCUUUUACUGUCAAUUAUUCUCCUGAUAGCGGAUUUUCACAAUGCUAA